AUGUCCAUCCCUUCAAGGUUCUUGUUUGAUCUCGCGACGUCUAUCUCAAAUACAGCGUCGGAACUGGGUAGAGAUUUUCAACAGGGUCUCGAUUCAGCGCGAGAACGCGGUGUAGUCAUAAGCCCAGAGGAAGGCACUAUCUCUGAGGCCAGUGCCCAGCAAGCGACGGACUGGAGGACAGAGUACGAGGUACCUGUCGCAGUCGCCAUCCCGCAAAGCCGCGACACCGACCAAGCCGAGGUGGAAUUCGAGCCUGGUGUCACACCCUCGACAGGGCGUGAUGUUGGCAAUAAGGCUUCAGACGGUGCCCUUAGCGCUAUUCCACCAUGCCCCCAGGAAGGGCGAAUUUCUCCCAACGAUCUGAGCCCCGCCGAUUUCUUGCUUAGAACAGCCGCGGAACUUGCGAAGAUUGACAUCCAAAUCGCCGGGGUCUACCUCGAAGAAUUCAAUGACGGCGAGGUCUCUGAAGAGUCCCAGAAACAAACAGCGGACCGCGUUGAAGAGAUCCAGACGAUGCUCGCAAUGGGCAGCCAUACACAUCAUCGGAACAAUAAAGAAGCUAUUGCAAAAGCUCAUGAAGUUAUAAAGGCUUCCGAAACUCUCGCUAAGAGUAUACUGCGAACGGAGAUCGGAGCUUCGUCAGAUCCAGAGUCUCCAACCAACGGCGUAGUUGAGUCUGGGCUUCACGCCGGCGAGCUGUUGACACAAAGCAUUCGAAGGUGCUUACAGGCUUUGUACACAGCUCUCGUUCAGCAGCUGAGCUGUUGCGACGAGAAACAUUUCAUACGGUUGAAGUUGACAGGGUUUGUUGACCCGAUGGAUCAUGGAUCACGGCCUUUCUUUGAUCUGUACCUGUCAAAUGGACAUGAUUGUGCGCGAUCUUACUGGGUAGAGAGUAAAUGUACCUUUAUAAGGGAACUGACUCAUGGAGAAGAGAAGGGCUGUAGUUUCAUCAAGACUUCUAUUCUCGACAAGACAAAAUUGAGUCUUUUGCUCAAAGAAACCCGGACUCAAGGUCCCGAGACUGAGAACACUUCAGUAGUGGAAGGCACGCAAGAGAGCUUGGGUCCCAUACAGCUUGAUGUUUCUAAGGAGCCCAGUUCUUCGGUCACGCCGAUAGUAUCGCUAGCAAGCCUCAUGGAGCAAGGUGAAUCUGGCUACGAGACCCGACGUCUCUCGAACGCCGAGACGUUCCUGCCCAAGGAAAGGGACUGGCUUUGCUUAAACUUGGCCCUGUCAUUGCUUCAUAUGUCUAGUGGCGAUUGGAGAAGAGUGAUAUGGUACUCUGCUGAUCCCGAUACAAAAACAGGGAUAUUCUUUCUCAGGGAUCCUAGCACUCAGAAGAUUGUCGACAAAACACGGCCAUACAUGUCAUGGCGCCUCCAGGGGGAGUCUUCCGUUCAAAAGCCGACAAAGGGACUUCACUGUGAUACCCAGCUUUUGGACUUCGCUAGGCUAUUGAUCGAGAUACACAACUGGAAAAGGCUUCCCAAUUCCCAGUGUGGCAAGCUACAGCCAUCUAAGGAACAGCUCCGCCUUCAACUCCUGCAGUAUAUCCGCGAUAACUUCAGGCCAGUGGACUCCGAAUUCACAUCGGCUCUCAAGGCCUGCCUGAAUGACGCUGGGCGCAUCGAAGCCGAUGCCGAGGACAGACCGGAACGAAUCCAGGCUUAUGUUUUCGAGAACAUAGUAAAACCAUUGCAUAGGUAUCUCGGCAAUCCCGAGUUGCCUAAAUCCACAUUGACGGCAAUGCCCUCGUCCGAUCAAGCUGCGUUGGAUAGUUCAAGUCAACCGGAAAAUACCACGUCUAUAUACGACUUAUCUGUUAACUACGAUGAGCCUGAAGAAAAAAGCCCACAUGAGAAGAAAUUUUGGGCAAACAUGGCGAAAUUCACGGACAAUUAUAUCAGCACACUUCAGAAUCCUACACUCUCAGAUGACGUUAACCCAUGGCGUAGACAGAAAGUCCGGAUAGCAGUCAUUGAUAGCGGUGUUAGAGAGGAAGACGCAGAAAUCGUGGCAGCAAAUGCUAAUGAACAGAUUCAGGGUUAUCGGAACUUCACUUCUUCAGAUCCGAACAAUUGUGAAGAUCAAAUCGGACACGGGACUAUGGUCACCCGCCUCCUAUUGACUGUAGCACCGGAAGCCGAGGUCUACAUUGCAAAGAUCUCAAACCAGAAGAUAAUGCCGAAGAAUCAGGUGCACCGCAUCGCUGAGGCCAUCAAAUGGGCCGUAGAGCAUUGGGACGUCGAUAUUAUCUCGAUAUCUCUAGCACUCUCUGAGGAGCAUUAUGAUAUUAACGAGGAGCUCACUCAGGCCCUGGACAAGGGCAAGCUCGUCUUUGCUGCUGCUGGGAAUCCGGGGCCUUAUGAACGACGCGCAUGGCCGGCGAGGAAAAAAGGGGUCAUCGCCGUCCAUGCCACAGAUUGGAGCGGCACGGGGACAAGGACCAAUCCAAACCCCGAGGGCGGUCUGAAUCUUGCGACUCUUGGCUACAAUAUCAAGAUGCGAUGGCCGGAUCGCAACAGCCAUGGUGAACUUAAAAAUGUCUACAUCUCUGGCUCGUCAUUCGCGACACCGAUUGCAGCCGGGAUUGCUGCAAAUGUCCUCGAAUUCGCGAGGCAAGAGUUGGAAAUGAAUGAGGGGAAGAAAUGGCUACUUUACUCGCAUCAUGGUAUGACGAAGAUUUUGAAGGCGAUGUCUGGCCAAAGGGGAGAUUAUGAUUUUGUGCAUCCGUUGGCUUUGUGGGAAGAAGCGUUUCACGGCGGCGAUUGGAGGGGAUUGCACCUACCGCGUGAUAAUUCCAAGAACAUCCGUAAAGUCUUGAAUUUCAUUCUUGCUUGA